AUGCAGCCGCGGCCUGCGGCACUCAAGAGCUUGCCGCAGGAGCUGCUCUUCGUGGGCGUCUGCGGCAUGGGACAGGCACUCUUUGGCUGGCUGCUUGGCAACGUCGUGGUGAAUCAGCGCAGCCUCACUGCCGAUCUCGGCACGAGCAACUCGCAGAAGCCCUGGCUGCUCGGCUCGUUCCUGCUCACGAACGGCCUCAGCGUCGUCAUCUCUGGCUCGCUGGCGGACCAUCUCGGGCCCAAGAUGCUGAUGGUCGGCGGCUUCGCGUGGCUGUCGCUGUGGAACCUCAUUACCGGCUUCUCGCUCAGCAGCAAGUACCUGUUCUUCAUCAGCCGUGCCAUGCAGGGCUUUGCAUGUGGCGCACUGACGAGCUCGAGCAUCAGUCUGUUGGGCCAGACCUACUCGCCCGGGCGCCGCAAGUCGCGCGCCUUCAGCGGCAUGGCGGCCAUGGCUCCGGUCGGCUACUGGCUCGGCGCCAUCCACGGCGGCCUGCUGACGGAGCAUCGUCCGUGGAUCUUCUUCUCGAUGGCCAUUGGCAUUGCGCUGCUCUUCGUGCUCUCCCUCUCCGUCGUACCUGCCUCGGUGGAUCCACGAGCGACAGCCGCACGCCCGAGCUUGAGGCAAUUCGACUACCUCGGCGCCCUGCUCGCCAUGAUCGGCCUUGGCUGCAUUGUUGCUGGCCUCACGCAGGGCUCACCGGCGGGCUGGCAGCCGUACACAUACAUACUCAUCAUCGCCGGUGCCGCCACGCUGGCGGCCUUCACGCUGGCCGAGCGCCAGGCGACACGGCCGCUCGUCCCCAUGCAGCUGUUCAGCGUGCCGAACUUUCCGGCUGUCAUCCUCGUGUACUUUCUCGCAUUCGGCGCCUUCAGCGUCUGGCAGUUCUACAUGCUCGAGUUCUUCCUCAGCGUGCAGAAGGUGGCGCCCCUGACGGCCGCGCUGUAUCUGACGCCGAACGCCAUCGUCGGCCUGCUGUGCACCUUCGGUACAGCCUCGCUGCUGCACGUCGUGCCGGGCCACUACGUGCUCUGCGUCUCGGCGCUGGCCAGCGGCGCAGGCGCCGUCUUCUUCCUGCCGCAGACGGCGAACACCUCGUACUACGCCCUCUCCAUGCCCGGCAUUGCGCUCGCCACGCUCUGCCCCGACCUCAGCUUUGCCGCCGUCGCAGUGCUGCUGACGACGAGCGUGCCGCGCACAUACCAAGGCUCGGCGGGCGCCUUCCUGAUGACGGCGCAGUCACUCUCAGCUGCCAUCUUCAUCGGCAUCGGCGAUGCCAUCGCUACCGCCACGCCGGGCCAGGUGGCGCACGCCGAUCUCGAAAUGCGCUCGCUGCGCUCCGUCUGGUGGUUCUCGCUCGCCGUGGCGCUCGUGAGCGCCGCGAUCGGCCUGGCAUUCGUGCGCAUCCCCAAGACGCAGGAGCGCGAGCACUACGACUAG